AUGAAGACAAGUUUUGCUCUUGUGUUGAGCUUGUUUGCUUGUGUAUUCGCAACCUACCACGUACCAAUAGAGAAGACAACUCUUUGGGGUGGUGGGACAUCAUGGUACUUUAAUGGUUAUUGUGAAUUUGAAAUUUCACAGUCACAUGGAGAGAACACUGUCACAGUAGAUAUGGUCCUAGAUCAAUCCACUUCUAACUUGCUGAUUUGGAAAUUGACCAUUGGUAAUAUUAUAAAUAAUGGACAGCAAUAUGAACUUUUCAAUCAAGACGAGUGGCAUACUGGUACACAAAAAGUCGAUUUUAUUCUACAGUACAAUGGAAGUCAAGAAUCGUUCCCAACCGGUACAUGUACUAGUAACCUCCCUUCACCUUCCAACCAAGACACAACAACAACUACUACUACUACGACACAACCGACGACGACAACAAUGACACAACCUACGACAACUACGACACAACCGACGACAACAACAACGACCCAACCUACGACGACAACAACGACACAACCAACGACGACAACUACGACACAAUCCACGACGACACAACCGACGACAACGACUACGACGCAACCGACAACUACGUCACAACAAUCAUCGAAAUAUUACACUGUCCCUGUUGCAAAAGAUAAUGCAUGGGGAAGUGGAACGACUUGGUAUAUGCAGGGAUCCUGCACAUUUGACAUACAGAGUCAAUAUGGUGUUGGAGAUAUUCAUAUUGAUAUGCACUUCGACCAAACGGUGUAUGUGAAUCAGAUUUGGAAUGCCUUGAACUUAGGCCAUUCGAAUAAUUAUGAUUUGUAUUAUCUACACAAUGCACAUCCAAUAUCUAACCAAUUACUUGAAAUAGGAUUCAUUUUAAGAUACGAAGGCAGUGAAGCAAGCUAUCCAACAGGAACAUGUGUGAGUGAUAUUGCAUCUUCACAAGACAUGAUUACGACAACAACACCUGCAACCACAACAACGACGACAGCAACAACGACAACAGCGACAUCAACGACAUCAACGACAACAACAUCAACUUCAUCUACAACAACAACACCAACAUCAUCUUCAACGACAACUUCUAGCAGUUCCCAAAACGUUUCUACAGCACACGAUUACGGACAACUAAUCGAAUAUUCCAUUUUGUUCUAUGAAGCCCAACAAUCAGGCUACUUGACAGUUAAUCGUAUCGACUGGCGUGGAGAUUCGGCAACCAAUGAUGUGGGAAUCAAUGGUGAAGAUCUUACAGGGGGCUGGUAUGAUGCUGGAGAUGGCGUCAAAUUCAACCUUCCAAUGUCAGCUUCUGUAAUUAACCUUGCAAUGGGCUUAUUGCAUUGGAAAGAUGCAUACGAAAACUCUGCUCAAUUACAAAAUAUGUAUAACUCUAUCAAAUGGCCGUUGGAUUAUUUACUUAAGUGUUGGAGGCCAUCAGAUAGGAUUUAUUAUGCUCAGGUUGGUGAUGGCGACCUUGACCAUGCUUAUUGGGGACGACCUGAAGACAUGACUAUGAAUAGACCUGCGUAUUAUCUUGACGAUACCAUGUCAGGGGCUGACGUCACUGGUGGAACAGCAGCAGCAUUGGCUGUCGGUGCUUUGGUAUUUAGUGAAUCUGACUCGUCGUAUGCAGCCACACUUUUGUCAAGUGCUGAGAGUUUGUAUUCUUUUGCAAAGGAUAUUCCAGGUUUAUACAACAGUGACAUCCAUGAUAUAACCCAAUUUUAUGAGUCCCACGAGUAUAAGGACGAGAUGUGUUUAAGUGCAGUACUGCUGUAUAUGGCAACCAAUAAUCCACAGUACCUUACUGAAGCUCAAGCUUUUUACAACGACUACAACCAUGACAGCGUUCCAUGGGCGUUUGACUGGGACGAUAAGACGGUGCUCUGUGAGAUUCUUCUUUAUGAUAUUACUGGUGAUAACACGUACAAAACACGUGUGGAGAAUUUCGUCGCUGCUUGGAUGCCAUCAGGAUCCAUACCAUACACAACAUGUGGACUAGCAUGGAGAUUGGAAUGGGCAUCGCUUAGAUAUUCGGCUAAUGCAGCAUUUAUUGCCCUGCUAGCAGCAGAUGCAGGGAUCGGUGAUGCAUCAGCAUACAAGACAUGGGCUAUGUCACAGAUUCAUUACAUGGUCGGAGAUAAUGGCCAGGAUUUCAGUUUCCUGAUUGGAUAUGGAACUGCUUUCCCAAAGCGCCCUCAUCACAGAGGAAGUACCUGUGAUUACUCUCCUGCUACAUGUGACUGGGGUACUUAUUGGAGCUCAGGUCCUAACUCUCACAUACUUUAUGGGGCACUUGUUGGAGGUCCUCAGGAUUUGCAAGACACCUAUGUGGAUGAUAGAGAUAACCAUAAGACAAAUGAGGUGGCUUGCGAUUACAAUGCUGGAUUCCAAUCAGCAGUAGCAGGUUUGCUUCACUUUGCGGUAAACGGAAACUUGCCUGCUGCUCCUAUGCCUAGUUGUUAAUUGUGAUAACCACCGACAACUUCUACCAAUUUAUAAUCUAGGGACAUGAUGUUAUAUGUUUUACAUGAUUAUAAUUUUACAUGCUACAAGUACAUGUUUUUUUUUUGUUCAAUUUCUUCAGAUUUUUUUUCAAGUCACAAAAAUGUCUCUUGAUAUAA